UAGUACAUAACAAAAGGCAAACUCAUAAAACUCCGGAAGUAUCCUUCAAGAUUGAGUUCCAACACAAAGCAUGCCAAUACAAUCCUUUCCUCUUCAACUUCACUUCUACUUCCGGAGAUGCUAACAUGGCUACAAAACCCUCCCAAAACCCUACUUCCCCUUACCUCCCUCACCCUAAACCCCUCCCCUCCAUUCCCUAUGUGCUCCAUUUCUCCAAAACCCACAAAAACCUCUCUCAAAUCCCUUCACAUCCCCACCCACCCCACCCCAACUACAACUGACACUGGCCUUAAAUUCCGCGAAAAAAUACUCUAUCUUCAAGCACUCAAUAUCAACCCCACUAAAGUCCUUGAACAAAACCCUGAUCUUCGAUCAGCAACACUCGAUACAAUCAAAACUGUUGAAACUUGUCUUGCUUCUAUGGGCAUUGAGCGCUCGGCAAUUGGUCGAAUACUUGAUAUGCAUCCUCAGCUUUUAACAUCCGACCCAUACAUGGAUCUUUACCCGAUUUUUGAUUUCUUAUUAAACGACGUCGUUAUCCCCUUUAAUGACAUUCGUAAAUCCAUUAUACGCUGUCCAAGAAUCCUAGUUUGCAGCGUUGAGGAUCAAUUGAAACCCACAUUUGAAUUCCUGAAGGAAUUCGGGUUCGUGGGUCCCAAUCGGAUCACUUGUCAAACCACUGUGUUGCUUGUUUCCAGUGUCGAGCUUACUUUGAACCCUAAGAUUGAUUACAUGUUGAGUUUAGGGUUUAAACGCGACGACGUGGUGAAUAUGGUUUUGAGGUCACCUGGGUUGUUGACAUUUAGCAUUGACAAAAAUUUUAGGCCUAAAGUUGAGUACUUUUUGAAGGAAAUGAAUGGGAAUUUAGGGGAAUUGAAGAAGUUUCCGCAGUACUUUUCGUUUAGUCUUGAAGGGAAGAUUAAGCCUCGGCACAGGCUUUUGGUAGAGCAUGGGUUUUCGCUAUCCUUAUCUGAGAUGUUGAAGGUUAGCGAUGGGGAAUUCAAUGCGAGAUUGAUUGAAAUGCAAUUGCGGUUAUUGGACGAUAAGCAAUUGUAGCAAGUUGGGCACACUGAGUGAUUCUUGAAAGAGAGAUAUGGAAAAUCCAAGCGCAGAUUGGCAGAAGAGAAGACAAGAGAGGUUUCUGUGCAUGGCAGAGAUGAAGGAAGAUGGGAAAAUAAGCUUGAAAUUAUUAUUUGUUGUCUGCAAUGGCAACAAAGGACAACAUUUCUCCCUAGAAUCAGUUACUACAGCCAUUUGAGUUCACAUAUUCUGACCUAGUUGAUGUAAUGCUCACCCAACCAGUCUGACACUGCUUGCAUGAUUAAUUGCUAUUGUUUACACUCCUCCUUGAUGAUUCUUGGAAAACGGUCUUUUUUAUUUUGUUUUGGAGUUAGUUCUGAGAGUACUAGAAUUUAUUUUGGAUUCACUUCUUUUGUGUAGAAUUUUUUCACUUCUUCACCCCCCUUUGCAGUCUCUAACCUGUGGUUUAUAUUCAUUCUGAAUUGGUUCCGUAUUAAUGCCUACUUUCUGCGU